CGCAUACAUAAUUCAUUCAAUAUACAGCAAAUUUGGACCAGCAUCUCAGCUCCGACGCUCCGGAUGCGUUCAGUCGAACACCCUGAAACGCCCCAGUGUGGUUGCGCACACAGUAAAUUACUCCUCAAAUAUUGAUCUACGGCAGAGUACGGCUCCUCUCCGACGUUUUGCGGAGUUUGGUAAGAUUUAUAACGGCCCAGUUCCGACCUGGGAGUUUCCGCAGAUUAUUUAGAACAAGGAUUUCGUUCGUAUUUAUCCCAUCCUCAAGAAAGAAGCUGCCACAGAUCAAUCCUUGUUGCCUGCAGAACUACCUAACCCACGCAGAGCAUUACACAGGACUCGUAGGAAAUGGACCUUUCUCAACGUAUUAUUAUUGUCGGAGGAUGCGGCACGUUCGGGCUCUCAACCGCCUGGCAUUUAUCAAAGCGGGGCUACACAAAUAUCAUCUGCGUGGAUCGCUGGAUGUUUCCAAGUAAAUCCUCGGCGGGAUUUGACCGGAACAAGAUCGUCAGAACAACCUAUGGUGAUCCACUCUACAUCAAGUUGGCAGAGGAGGCCAUCCAGCUAUGGAAGCAACCCAUAUUUAAAGGGAUUUUCCACCAAACGGGUUGGGUCUUGGGCACGACUGCUCCCCGGAUGAGCCCAGAUCGUAUCACUUCGAGCAACUCGAUUAGCGCCGCCGGAGCCUUCGAUGCUAUGAUACACACACAUCGUCUUCACGGCCGCACUGACCUAAUCACGCCGCUUCCCGAUACAUCUGCGCUUCAGGACAAGUUUUCUGAUUUUUUCAGCCAUGCUCCCGGCUUCCGUGGGAUAUUCGAUCGUAACGCAGGAUGGGUAGAUGCUGCGCGAGCCCUCGAAGUCGUCGGCCGUGAUUGUCAGGCACGCGGGGUCCGAUUUGUUGUCGGUCCAAAGGGCACCGUCAAGUCCCUCAUCAGGAACCAGAACGGGAACCAGUCGAAUGAAGUCACCGGCUUGCUGAUGGAAGACGGGACCGUCUUCAAUGCCGACAAAAUUGUGAUGUGUGUUGGGGCAUACACGGAAAGCUUGAUUGAUAUGGAGGGACAGGUGACGGCCGUGGCUUACAGUACUGCUCACAUUGCACUCACCCCACCAGAGAUCAAAAAAUAUCAAAACAUGCCAGUGAUUUUGGUAGAAGGCUUAGGAUACGCGUUUCCCCCUGACCAGAAUGGGCACAUCAAAGUCUGUGAUCUGCACGUAGGACAUCCAUGGAAACAAUCAAUCCUUGGCCGCCCUGAGGCAGUUUCUCUGCCUCGAGAUGCGGCCUACCAUGAAACGGACACCCUGCCUGACGAAGAUGUGGCGGAAGUACGAAGAUUUAUCGACUUUUGCCUGCCACAGUUUUCUCGCCGGUCUUUCGAUAAGACAGCAAUGUGCUGGGAUACCGAGUCAUUUGAUUACGGUUGGAUCAUCGGUCCCCAUCCCUCCUCCCCAAACACUCUAUUCCUAGCCACAGCCGGUAGCGGUCACGCUUUCAAAAACCUACCCAAUUUAGGAAAGUAUGUUGCGGAUUGCUUGGAGGGUUGUCUAAGCCCCCCGCUUCAAGAAGCUUGGCGAUGGCGUCCCGAAAAAGUUGCUUCCACUGCGGCGAUAGAUCGAGUCGACUUGGCCCAUUUGAGCGGCUGGCAGCAUCCGUCGGAGUACGACUACUCCAAUAGCAGCUUUUUGGUCAAGCCCAAGCUUUGAUCCAUUAUUUUUACUUCUCUCAAUCAAAGGCCACACUCGUUGUCUAUGCAUUCCAAAUGCGCCGGGUCUUUGCUUCAGUCAAGGUUCUUGGAUAUAUUCGAGUCCUGUAUAUACGCAGUCGCAAUCUUUCAUUUUCUCUUCUUUUUUUGGAAUAUAUCACCCAUAAUUGGAUAGUUCUCACUCUCAGGCAGUAUUUGAUUCAGCAGCAUAAUGGUCAAAUCGUCAAACAACGUCACUCAUUCCAACAGAUGUAACCACAAUAGAAUGUAGGCAAUCAGGCUAUUGAUUAACUGGACAUUUUUUUGAUGAAAAAUUCAUAUACCAGUGACAUUGGGACCUUAAAUUGACAAAACAUCCUCCCAUUCUGCCAAGCAAAUCUUGUUGGCACAUUUUGGUGCUGUACUGUGGGUUAGUUACAAUUCCUGCUACAUUGUUUCUGCUUCCAGAAGUUCAACAUUGUGCCAA